UCGUGUUUGGUUUGGGGAAGCGAGACGAUGGCGUUGCUCCAGUGUAGGAAUAAUGUUCUCCCCGCCCUUUCCAUCUGCCCCGUUGGUGUGCUCAUCGCCGGCGGAGGGCGUGUGGAGUCGUGUUUCUAGCGGGUCUUUCGAGAUCCGAGUGAUUUGGUUUUCGAUGGAUCCAUCUGGAUUCGGCUGGCUUUUGUGGUCUUCAAAGUUUCUACAUGCCCCUAUCGGUGUAUUCUUCUUCAUGGCAGCAAUUUGCUUUGCAGAUCACAGUUGAUGGCGUCUUCCCGGCCGCCGCUUCUACGAGCUCCCGGGUUCAAACAAGUUUGCUUCGCCGAGGUAGAGGCCUGGUGGCAGCAUCGAGCUAUGCGCACGGCGCACCAUCGGUGGAUGCAGGCGGAAGAAGACUUCGACACUUUCAAGGAUUUGAAUGUAAUUUUAUUUUUGGUGUAUAAGCACCUAUGAUACUUAAUUUAUGGCUUUGGGCCCUUUUGCAAAAAAAAAUGCAUAUACGAAAUGUUAGAAUUGGUCGGUCCGGGGUCCAAGUUGGUGCAACAAUUUAAACACCAGCAUACACGGAAGUGCAGACAUAUGUCGCCGUGGAAACGAGCGGGUGCCCGGGAAAGUGUUAUCAAUUCUCAUGUCUACGGCAUCUCAAAAAAAAAACUCAUGUCCAUGGAUCUUUUCGCCUGGUCCAACUGACUAAAGGAGGGAGCAUCAAUAGGCAAAGCCCAUUAGAAACUGACACAGCUCGCUCUUGUCCAUUCCGAGGUGAGGAUCUCGACUCGUGGAACAUGAUGUUAGCCUUGAUUCCAUCGUCCCACCACACCAAGAUGCCCCCCUCCCUGCCGUUUGGGCUUUUCCUCCUCGUCUCCCUCCAUACGAGUCAAAUCAUAAGCUUAGGAAUUAACAUCCUACAAAUACUCCUUCGACUCUUCCUCUUCUCCCACUCUACAAAUAUACCCCUCCCUCUCUCUCACACACACACUCAUAGCUAGACAGGCCAUAAACAUGGAGGCCACCGCACUUGUGCUCCUCCCUCACAGCCACAGCGGCCUCACGGCCAGAGCACCCCCAUGCGUGGGCGGAAGAGGUGUCUCCUGCGUGACGAAGAAGAGCUACGUGAGGAGGAUCAAGCGGAGCUCCACGGUGCGAGGGGUCAUGGCGAGGCCACAAGAAGCGACGCUAGCUCGGGUCCCGGCACCGGCGCCAACAAGGCCGGUGAGGGAGACGGCCGCGGCCACGACGACGACGACGGUGUACCACGACACCUGGUUCGACAACCUGGCCAUUGGCUACCUCUCCAGGAAACUUCAACAAGCUUCCGGGAUAAAGAACGGAAAACAUGGCUACCAAGGGUUAAUAGAGGCCGCGGUGACAAUCUCCAGAAUCUUCAGGCUCGACACACAGUGCGAGAUUGUGGCCAGCGCUCUCGAACGAGCAAUGCCAAGCUACAUCGUCACAAUGAUAAAGGUGAUGAUGCCGCCUUCAAGAUUUUCCAGGGAGUACUUUGCUGCCUUCACCACCAUAUUCUUCCCUUGGCUGGUUGGACCAUGUGAGGUCAGGGAAUCUGAAGUCGAUGGAACGAGAGAGAAGAAUGUGGUGUACAUCCCCAAAUGCAGGUUUCUGGAAAGCACCAACUGUGUCGGUAUGUGCACGAACCUUUGCAAGAUCCCAUCCCAGAAGUUUAUGCAAGAUUCACUCGGAGUUUCUGUGUACAUGUCACCCAAUUUUGAAGACAUGAGCUGCGAGAUGAUCUUUGGACAGCAACCUCCUGAAGAUGACCCAGCACUGAAGCAGCCCUGCUUCAGCACGAAAUGUAUCGCGAAGCAGGACUAUGGUGUGAGUUGCUAGCAUACUUGAUCAGAUAGAAAUCAUUAAUGAUUAAACACUCCCGAAAUAUCAGUGAAAUGCCCACAGCUCCAUAGUUGUAUUUUUCUUGAGAAACUUGCAGAAGGCAUUUUUAAUACAUUCAACUAUUACGUCAAAUUGUUACCCAGAGUGGUCUAAGAUGAAAUGAAGAGCAGCGAAAAUCAUCAUAUCACUCAGAGCAAGAAAUAUGUAACAUACUAACAUCACUUGGUGGAUCAUGUUGUAUACUUAUAGGAUGCGUAUAGCUGUUCGGUAAACACUUACCUGGUUACCAUUGAUGUGCGUCCACAUCAAGUACGGACCGGUAACAGAAGAAAUUAGUUCAGAUCGUUGGUUCAAUCUUUGUAAGACCAAGAGAAAGUCUGCUCGGACUGUGAAGGUUAAAUGAGUGUAAUCAUCAAUGAGCUCUGGCAAAGCAAUCCAAGACGAGACAAUCCAGGACGAGGCUACAAUUUGGUAGAUGGCAAGAGCAGAAUGAUCGAGGGAGUUGUGUGCAUCACUGAAAGCGCAAGUUUCAACAUGAAGGCCUUCAUAAUACUACUCCAUUUUGCUAUUUCUUUAGUUUCUUGUAGCUUACUAGCUUAUCUCGUCUAUCUGGCACAAAGUCUCUUGUUCACAACCUUGUAAAAUUUCAAGCCAUCUUAAUAGGAAACUAUUAGAAUUCUCAGCUAAGGUUGGUGUUUCAGAAUAGGUUAUUGGCUUUAUCUUUUAGUUUCAUAUAUUAUUUGAUCUCUGUUUUGAAGAGCAGCAUAUCUCAUCUCUUACAUAAUCGAAUUUGUUAGAGGCUUUAUGUGAAGACGGGACCUCAUACAUUUAGGUCCAGCAAGAAAUAAAUAGAGAAGUGCACGCAAACCUUGCAGGACUCAAGAGCCUUGCGUUAUGGCCAUGGAAGAGCCUAGUCGUGCGAUCAUCGAUUGAGGACGAGCUCUCCAACUACCCUCUUGUGUGUGUACACACACACACACACCAUUCUAAGGUAUAGCAAAUGUGCACCAACACAAAAAGAAGGGCAACGCGGAAAGCAAGCUUUAUUUCGGGGAUGUGAAGGUUAUCUAUCUUACUUGAUACAACUCCGUUAUUAUUCAGAAAUUUCUUGUUUCUGUCAGUAGUCUGGAGUUAAUUAUGUUUUUACACUGUUCACUCACUCAUACACAGGCUCAGACCACACCUGCAGAGAGUGUAGCUAGAGGCAAAAAAUAACAUGAGGGCAUCACUUUGCGCUUAUUGUGAUACAUUUUAGCCCAGAGCUUCUGACAGUACAUUAUGCAAUCACAUAAGAUCUUUUACCAGUUAAUUACAUACUACCUCCGACCGGGUUUAUUAUUAGUCCCAUUGGUAUUUGGGUCCAUAAUUUUACUAAUGAAAUAUAAGUUACACUCCCUCCGUUCCUAAAUAUAAGUCUUUUUAGAGAUUCUAAUAUGAACUACAUACGGAGCAAAAUGAGUGAAUCUACACUCUAAACAACGUCUAUAUACACCCGCCAUAUUAAAAUCUCUAAAAAGACCUACAUUUAGGAAUGGAGGGAGUAUUUAGCAAAAAUAGUAUCAUUGGAAAGUACUUUCAAAUAUGAAUCUAACAAUAUAACUUUAAUGACAUAUCACUUAUAUUUUGCUAGUCAAAUAUACGGUCAAAGUAUGACCCAAAAUACAAUGGCGACUAAUAAACCCAGACGGAAGCAGUACUAGAACAGGAUAUGACGUCUACUUGGCAGAAAGUGCACAACAUUUUCUGAAUAUACGAAGUUGGCAGUGGCAUAUAUCUAAUUAAUCCAUCAAUCUCAUACGUCUAAGUAUCUUCUCGUAUUUUGUAAAACAAUCAGCCAAAAACUGGAUCACACUUAAAAACUCUAAUAUCUAUUAAGGGAAAUAAGUGUCUCAGAAAGGAGGGAAAAUAG